CGCGUCUGCCCUCAUCGGAUGAUCCUCCUCGGCAGGACGGUCAGGUCUGGACUGGGGGGCAUCGGAGACAACGUUACAGCCCAGUCUAAAAUUCGAAAAAGAGUCCAUCAACAUUAAUGUAUUAAUCUAAAUAUUGAAAUUUGAUCUUAAGGGGUGAAAUACCGUCGUGAAUGGAUUAUCUCGUCUCGCGAAAGGUCCGUUGUUCUCCCGUGCGGUCGCCUCGCCUCCGAGGAAAUUUGACCCUCAGCUGCAGGAGGAGCGCUGUCGAGCCGAGCAUUUUUCUCCACCGUCAUCCGAUCUGACACCAUAACAAAUGGUUACAGCCUAACAGCAGUCACAGCCGACACGAAACGGGCAUAUUUCGACAGGACGCCCUGCUUUUGACCACAUAAUGGCAGUGUUCAGCUCACAGGUGCUUCUGGCCGUGACGAGAUCAAGGGGAUCCUACUUGCUUUCUAAAAGGCACGGUUGCAUUUCCCUCCCCUCGACCGCAUGCAUACGCUACCACUCUGAGUUCAUCGGACAGACUGCUCUCACAGCCAGGUGUCCCAGGCCACUCUACCCCUGCUACACUUCCAGCUACAUCCGCCCUGGUUGUGUAGCUGCACGUCCACUCCACAGCUCUUGUGCUUGGCUUCAAGAGGUAAAGGAUACCGCUGCAGGAUCUGAGCCCACCAAAGGUGACUCUGUCCCAGCCGCCUCUGGCACUCAACCACCGCCACCACCAGCAGUGCCAGGGAAGUCCCUGGGCCAGAGAGUCUUGGAUGAACUCAAGCAUUACUACCAUGGGUUCCGUCUUUUGGGAAUCGACACAAAAAUCGCUGGCAGGAUGGUUUGGAGGUUAUUGCACGGACAGCAGCUCACCAGGAGAGAGAGACGGAGGCUGAUGAGAACAUGCGCCGACUUGUUCCGGCUCGUGCCCUUCAUGGUCUUUGUCAUCGUUCCCUUCAUGGAGUUUCUACUCCCGGUUUUCCUCAAGCUCUUCCCAGAAAUGUUGCCUUCCACCUUUGAGACAGAGUCCAAGAAGGAGGAAAAACAGAAGAAGGGGCUUGCUGCUAAACUGGAGCUGGCUAAGUUCUUGCAGGAGACCAUUGGCGAGAUGGCCAGGAGGAAUAAAGCAGCAGUUGGAGAUGAAACUCAGAAGUUCUCCACUUAUGUGCAGCAGGUGAGACACACCGGUGAACAGCCCAGCACUAAAGACAUUGUAAAGUUCUCCAAGCUCUUUGAGGAUGAGCUGACCCUGGAACACCUGGAGCGGCCGCAGCUGGUGGCGCUGUGUAAACUGCUGGAGCUGCAGCCCAUCGGCACCAAUAACCUGCUGCGUUUCCAGCUCAUGAUGCAGCUGCGCACAAUCAAGGCUGACGAUGAGAUGAUCGCCACAGAGGGUGUGGCUGCAAUGACUGUAGCAGAGCUUCAGGCUGCCUGCAGGAGUCGUGGUAUGAGAUCUUUAGGUCUGACCACAGAUCAGCUCCGACAGCAGCUGCAGCAGUGGCUGGACCUGCACCUCAAAGAGAACGUUCCACCGUCCCUCUUGCUGCUCUCUCGUGCAAUGUACCUCACAGACCUCACUCCUAAACCCCCAGUCAUCCCACCUGUGCCCAAACUGGAGAAGGCCACUCCUCCUCCUGUGGAGAGCGAAGCUUCAACCGAAGAGAAUCCAUUGUCGUCCUCAGUGGAGGUGCUGGUGGACUCUGCUCCUGUCAUUAAAGACAGAAAGUCAGAAGAGUUGUUGGAAAAACCCAGAGUGUUGGACAUGCCAUCACCAGAAGCUCAGUUAAUACAUGCUAAAGAGGCAGAGUUGUCACAGAAAUCCAAGAUGAGUGCCAAUGGAAUGUGAGAUGCCCCCCCGUUACUACAGACCUAUUACCUUGUUCUAGCUGAAAAGAAGAGGGUACAGUUCAGUCAUAGCUGCUACUUCUGGAGAGGAAGCAUCAAAUCUUUGGAUUUCAGAGGCCUUUCUGCCCCUUCUGUUUCACAUUCAGCCAUACAAACACUGCUCACAUUGACCUGAUGGACUUGUAACUGCAAAACUCCAAAGCAGACAUCGCCAUCUUCAUCGACAUCUGGUCAUCCACCACUUAUUUGGUCCUAGAAGAAGGGAAAAUGGUUUAUAUUAUGCAAAAGCUUUGAAUUUGUAAAGACAUUUCAAACAUCACUCCUGCUUUCCGAUCCCCUGUAGAUUUGUCUCGUUACUUCAAUUUGACAGAUUCUGUAAAUUAGCGAGAAAUGCUAAAGGAACUUGCAUUUUGCAGAACUGCGUUAUGUAAAUUUGUAAAUAAAUUGUGAGAAACCUG